GAAAGUGCCGCUCUGAAGAAACGUGUCCCAUGCGCCACGCCGUCUGUUUCCAGGGCAACCCAGAGUCUCCUAGCAACCCCGCGCGCAGCCUGGGUCGUUUCCAGGUGCCCCCAGCCUGCCAUGGCGGCCGCGGGUCCCAGCGUCUUCCUACUCAUGGUCAACGGGCAGGUGGAGAGCGCCCAGUUUCCCGAGUACGACGAUCUCUACUGCAAGUACUGCUUUGUGUACGGCCAGGACUGGGCCCCCACGGCGGGUCUGGAGGAGGGCAUCUCACAGAUCACAUCUAAGAGCCAAGACGUGCGGCGGGCGCUGGUGUGGAACUUCCCCAUCGACGUCACCUUUAAAAGCACCAAUCCCUACGGCUGGCCACAGAUCGUGCUCAGCGUGUAUGGACCGGACGUGUUUGGGAACGACGUGGUCCGAGGCUAUGGGGCAGUGCACCUGCCCUUCUCGCCCGGCAGGCACAAAAGGACCAUCCCCAUGUUUGUCCCAGAAUCCACGUCUAAACUGCAAAAGUUUACAAGCUGGUUCAUGGGCCGGCGGCCCGAGUACACAGACCCCAAGGUGGUGGCCCAGGGUGAAGGCCGGGAAGUGACCCGCGUCCGCUCUCAGGGCUUUGUCACACUCCUCUUCAACGUGGUGACCAAGGACAUGAGGAAGCUGGGCUACGACACUGGGCCUUCUGACACGCAGGGCAUCUCAGGGCCCAGCCCGCCACAGGGACUGCCCCGGUGAAGGCAUCCAGCCCCCGCCCCCGCCCGCUGGAUCCCCGGUCCACUAGAUCAGGCCCCGCCCACCGGAUCCGGCCAGGUGGCCCUUCGGACAAAGCGGAUUGUCCUUCCAGAGAGUCGGCCCCGGAUACAUCUGCUUGACGUGCAGCCUCAUGGGACUGGGGGGGUGGGGGGUAGAGAUUUUCUAUAAUAAAGCCUCACCUUUUCACAGAA